AUGCCUGACCAGUCGGAAGCUGGGACUCCUGAACCAGGACCAGCAAGUGCACCACCGAGUGUAUCAAGUAAUGGGCAGAUUGCGCGGAACACCGGGAAGUCUGUCAACAGGAUGAUGAAGAAGAAGAAACGCACAGCGGACGACAUGAAUGAGGAGUUCGUCUGGCCAUGGGUGGACUUGCUGGGUAUGACCGAGUAUGAGAGCAAAGAACAGAGGCUGCAUGAUGAAAUUGUGGCGUAUGCUUCGUACAUCUCCCCCACAGCACAGGAGCAGCGCGCGCGUAAACUAGUCAUGGCUCGGGUAGGAGAGCUGGUGCGGAGGCGAUUUCCGAACUCUACCCUGACACCGUUCGGUAGCAUAACGAAUCAAACAUACCUUCCCGGCGGCGACGUCGACCUUCUCAUGAUAUGGCCCCGUGAGUUGGAUCUUGAAGGCAAAAAGAAGACCCUCUACAACCUCUCCGGUAUCUUUCGUAACGCCUCGGUCACGCAAGACACGCUAUUUGUAUUCCGAGCGCGCGUACCGAUCAUGCACUUCGAGACUGUCGAUGAACUCGGUUCCCUUCAUAUUGAUAUCAGUGUGAACUCGCCGGAUGGCGUGAAAUUAGUGCCGAUCAUGGAGAAAUAUCUAGACAGUAUGCCCGCCUUACGAUACCUCGUCUUAGUUGUGAAGGGCUAUUUGUCACAGCUGAGACUCAAUUCCGCGCAAGACGGUGGGCUGAGCAGCUACUCGCUGAUGAAGACAAUUGAGCUUCCACUGGAUCUCCAGCGUAAUCCAAAGCAGAGACCUACUGAUGACAUCGAGAAGCCCCUGGAAUACGAGUCGCUGGGGCGUCUGCUCAUGGAUUUCUUGGACCACUAUGGCAAUGAGUUCGACUACACUGAGUCCUGCGUAUCCGUGACUCAAGGCAAAGUGGUGUCAAAGAAGUCCAAAGGCUGGGAUCAGACCUCGCAGUCAGACCACCUAUCCAUCGAGUGCCUCGUGAAUUCCAAUUGGGACAUCGGCCGGCCUACAGGGAAGAUUAAGCAAGUGCGCACCGCCUUUCACAAUGCGCACAUGAUCCUACAGGGGUAUCCUUUCUCGAUGGCACACACAAAUGCGCUGGGAGCCAUCGUUGGUAUCUCUCCAGAGACUGUGGAGCAUCGAGAACAUCUCAAACAACUCGUCGACUCUGGAGAUUUGGAGCGCAAUCUAGCCUCUAUUCAACUUCCUCCGCCCUACGUUCCGCGUCGACAAUUCCAGCCACAACAACCACAGCAGCCACAGCACUACCACCACAACCACCACCAGCCGAAUCAGCGACAGCAACAGCCCAUGCCGUCGUACCAGCCGCAUCCGCAACACAAUCCCAUGUAUCAGCAGCCUGCUUAUCCUUACAACGCCUCGUAUUACGGCAAUGGCCACACGGGGGCGGCCCCGUACUACUCCGGGCAACCUAGCCAGGCGUAUUACGGGCCGCAGAUGCCAAAUCACCCCGCAUCCCAGGGUUAUGGCCAAGGCUACGGCGCGUAUGGUUACGGAGGUCAGCCGGCACAGCCGAAUUAUGGAGGGGGCCCCCGCCCUAAGAAGAGGCGGCAAUUCUAG